UCCAGAGGGGUCCUGACAUAUUAUUGAACUGAAUGAAUGGUGGACGGUUUGUUUGUUACACCAGCUAAAGUCAUAUUCUGUCACACAGCUGAAACUGACUACGGAUUGAUUUUAUAUUUUUCAUUUUAAAGGUUAAAGUUCAUCAUUUGUCAGAAAACUGACUUGUUUUAUUUUUGAUCUGCUUCACUGGAGCUGAAAAUCAAAGUGAGGCAUCCUACUGGCCUCCAGCUUCUUCUUCUGCGGUUAAAUCAUGGAGUUGGCGUACGUGUGUGAGUGGGAAAAACGUCCAAAGAGUACUCACUGUCCCUCCAUCCCUCUGGUCUGCUCCUGGUCCUGCAGGAACCUGGUGGCCUUCACCACAGACCUGAAGAACGAGGACGACGACAAAGAUGUCAGUCACAUGAUCCACAUCAUCGACACUGAGCACCCCUGGGAUGUUUACUCCAUCAACUCUGGACACACUGAGGUCAUUUCCUGUCUGGAGUGGGACCAAUCAGGUUCGAGGCUGCUGUCUGCAGACGGUGACGGUCAGAUUAAGUGCUGGUCGAUGUCGGAUCACCUGGUGAACAGCUGGGAGAGCGUCCUUUCCAGCUCUCUGGACGGAGAUCCCAUCGUAGCUCUGAGCUGGCUGCACAACGGGGUCAAGCUGGCCCUGCACGUGGAGAUGUCGGGUUCUACAAACUUCGGAGAGAAGUUUUCUCGGGUGAAGUUCUCUCCGUCUCUGACUCUGUUCGGCGGGAAGCCGAUGGAGGGCUGGUUGGCGGUGACGGUGAGCGGUUUGGUCACCGUGUCGCUGUUGAAGCCGGGCGGCGCUCUGCUGACGGCCAGCGAGAGUCUCUGCCGGCUCAGAGGACGAGUGGCGUUAGCCGACAUCGCCUUCACCGGAGGAGGGAACAUCGUGGUGGCAGCGACCGACGGCAGCAGCUCGUCCCCCGUCCAGUUCUACAAGGUGGUCGUGAGCGUGGUGAGCGAGAAGUGUCGCAUCGACACCGAACUGUUGCCGUCGCUGUUCCUGCGCUGCACCACCGACGCUCAGAGGAGGGAAAGGUACCCGGCUGUCACCCACCUCAAGUUCCUCACCAGGGAGAACUCUGAACAGGUUCUGCUGUGUGCGUCCACUCAGAACGGCAGCAUCGUGGAGUGCUGGUCUCUCAGGAAGGAGGGACUUCCUGUCAACAACAUCUUCCAGCAUCGAUCACCAGUUGUCGGGGAGAAGCAGCCGACCAUCCUGAAGUGGAGGAUCCUGACGACCACCGGCGAUCUGGAGCGCGUGUCGGCCGUCGCUCUGCCCAAACUGCCCAUCUCCAUCUCCAACACCGACCUGAAGGUGGCGUCAGACACCAAGUUCUGCCCCGGACUCGGUCUGGCUCUGGCGUUCCACGACGGCAGUAUUCACAUCCUGCACCGUCUCUCCCUCCACACUAUGGGGGUUUUCUACGGCGCCUCGUCCUCCUCUUCAGGUCAGAGACCCGGAGACGAGUCCGCCAUCAAACGCCAGAGAACCGGAGGCCCCGCCCUCCACUUCAAGGCCCUGCAGUUCUCCUGGACCUCACUGGCACUGGCUGGAGUCGACAACCACGGCAAGCUCCACAUGCUGCGAGUGUCGCCCUCUAUGGGUCAGGUGCUGGAGAUGAACACGACACUGCGCCACCUGCUGUUCCUGCUGGAGUACUGCAUGGUGACGGGCUACGACUGGUGGGACGUCCUGCUACACGUGCAGCCCACCAUGGUCCACAACCUGGUGGAGAAGCUGCACGAGGAGUAUAUGAGGCAGAACCAGGCGCUGCAGCAGGUUCUGGCGACGCGCAUCGUGGCGGUGAAGGCUUCUCUCUGUAAACUCUCCACGGCGACGGCGGCUCGAGCCUGCGACUUCCACGCCAAACUGCUGCUGAUCGCCAUCAGCUCCACCUUAAAGUCUCUGCUGAGGCCGCACGUCCUCAACACACCUGACAAGAGUCCAGGUGACCGACUGACCGAGAUCUGUGCCAAGAACACAGACACAGAUAUUGAUAAGGUGAUGAUCAAUCUGAAGACGGAGGAGUUCGUGUUGGACGGCCCCCCCCUUCAGUCCCUGCAGCAGCUCAUCCAGUGGGUGGGAGACUUUGUGCUCUACCUGCUGGCCAACCUGCCCAACCAGGGCUCCAUGGUCCGGCCGGGGUUCGGCUUCAUGAGGGACGGGGCGUCUCUGGGGAUGCUGAGGGAGAUGUUGGUGAUGAUCAGGAUCUGGGGUCUGCUGAAGCCCGGCUGUCUGCCCACCUUCACCGCCACGUCAGACAACCAGGACAGCAUGCAGCUGCUGUUCAGGCUGCUCACCAAGCUGUGGCUCUGCUCUCGGGACGACGGCCCCCCCCAGGACCCUGACGAGAGUCUGAUAGACGAGUGCUGCCUGCUGCCCAGUCAGCUGCUGGUUCCCAGUAUGGACUGGCUCCCAGUUAAUGACGGCGUCAUUGUCAAGCUGCAGGGCAAACACCCGCUCAGGCUGCAGUUUGGAAAAGCUUCGUCUCUGCCCGGAGUGGGCUCCACCGCCCCGCUGGAGGUCUUCACCAGGAGUCCCGGCUCUCAGAAGAUGGAUAACCUGCGUUGUGUUCAUAUGGGAGUUUGUCCCACUGAGGAGAGCAAGGCCUGCACCAGGUGCGGCUGUGUGACGAUGCUUCGUUCUCCCAACAAGACAAACGCCAUGAAGCAGUGGGAGCAGCGCUGGAUCAAAAACUGUCUGUGUGGAGGUCUGUGGAGGAGGAUCCCUCCAACUCUCUCCUGAACACGUCAGACACACAGGUGAACACCAGGUGAACACCAGGUGAACACACAGGUGAACACACAGGUGAACACCAGGUGAACACACAGGUGAACACACAGGUGAACACACAGGUGAACACCAGGUGAACACACAGGUGAACACACAGGUGAACACCAGGUGGCGACCAGCUCAAAAUAUUCUGAUAUAAACUGAUUUGUGUUUCAUGUUAAAGAGCCUGAAUGAAGCUGAACCGGUCUGGACUGAUCCAGAUUCCAGGAUCCAGAAACAUGUUGUUAGAUUUGGUGAACCUGAUGUUGAACCUUCAGUAUCGCUGCUGUGACUGUCAGUUUUUCUACCUGUAAAUAAAGUUUGUUUUGUAUUUUACUUUGUAAUAAAACUGUCAAAAUAAAA